AUGCCAGGCACCGCCAUCGCCACCGCCCCAGCGGCAGCACCAGGCCCUACCACCACCGCCGCGACAGCAGCAGCAAAAGGCCCCGCCACCGCCACCGGAGACGCCUACGGUGGAGCAGCCCCGCCGGGCGCCCGGGGCGCCAGCCUCAGGGAGGAGGCAAUCCCCAGUCUUCAAGGAAGGAUGGGGCCCCGCCCGCGGCCACGGAGGUCCGGGCCGGAGCUCCGGUGGCUGAGGCCGCACCGCGAAUGGAGGCAACCCCUCCAGCCAAGGCAUGCGGAGAGGCUGUUGGCUUCAGUGGGAGCCACGGCGGAGGCGCGCUCCGUAGAGCCAGCUGCGCAGGAGGUCGCGACGGAGACGCCGGUGGAGGAGGCAACUACGGGGGCAGCCGCAGCAGAAGUCAUGGGAGCAAGUGAUCGGAGACCCGAUGUGAGCGCGCCCAGCUCCGGCCCCCAGGCCGCGCAGGGGGAUGAGCCGGAGGUGGUGCAUGGGAGGCACCUCCUCCCGAGCCCGGUGGAGGUCCCUCUUCCCCGCCUCCUGGUCAAGGCCCCGCGGGCGAUGGAGGAGGCGGAAGCGGGCUUUCGGCGGGAGUGGGAGAGGCUAGAGGCAGAGUGCCUUCGGCUCUCCGACUAG